CAACACCUGGAGCACAGCUCUCCCCUGGACCUUUGUGCAGAAGGUGGCUCUUAGCUGCGGGUAGACAAGGAUUGAGCCAGAGAAGGAGUACAGAGCAGAGCCAUGAAUAUUAUCUUGGAUCUCCUCCUUCUUCUGCUCACCAUCAUCUACUCCUAUUUGGAGGCAUUGGUGAAAAUUUUCAUUCCCCAAAGGAGAAAAUCUGUGGCUGGGGAGACUAUCCUCAUUACAGGAGCCGGACAUGGAAUAGGCAGGUCGACUGCCUAUGAAUUUGCAAAACGGAAGAGCAGACUGGUUCUGUGGGAUAUUAAUAAGCACAGUGUUGAGGAAACAGCAGCUGAAUGCAGAAAACUGGGGGCCACCGUGCAUGUGUCUGUCGUAGACUGCAGUAACCGAGAAGACAUUUAUAACUGUGUAAAGCAGGUAAAGAAAGAAGUAGGAGAUGUAACCAUCUUGGUGAAUAAUGCUGGGGUAGUAUAUCCAGCUGACCUUCUUAGUACCAAGGAUGAAGAGAUUACCAAAACUUUUGAGGUCAACAUCCUAGGACAUUUUUGGAUCACAAAAGCACUUCUUCCAUCAAUGAUGAAGAGAAAUCAUGGCCACAUCGUCACAGUGGCUUCAGUGUGUGGCCAUGGGGUGAUUCCGUAUCUUAUUCCAUAUUGUUCCAGCAAAUUUGCUGCUGUUGGCUUCCACAGAGCUCUGACAUUAGAACUUGAAGCCUUGGGAAAAACUGGAAUCCAAACCUCGUGUCUCUGCCCAGUUUUUGUGAAUACUGGGUUCACCAAAAACCCAAGCACAAGACUAUGGCCUGUAUUGGAGACAGACGCAGUUGCAAGAAGCUUGAUAGAUGGAAUACUUACCAAUAAGAAAAUGAUUUUUGUUCCAUCAUAUAUCAAUCUACAUCUAAUACUAGGAAGAUUUCUUCCUGAACGUGCCUUGGCAGCUAUAAAUCGUUUACAGAAUAUUCAAUUUGAAGCAGUGAUUGGCCACAAAACCAAAAGGAAAUGAAUAAACGAGCUCCAGCCAGAAAUGCAGCUUAAUGAUGUAAAUCUAAGUUUAGAAUUAAUGCUUCAAAGCUUUAUUUCACAUUUUUCAAUAAUGUUAAUAAUAAAAACAUUGGUUUGACAUUA